AGUCCCUGCAGUGGCUGUAACAAAACCCAGACCCCCACGUCCGGGCCAAUGGAGGCGAUUUAGACUGGAGUGGGACCGCGUCUGUCAAAAGCCCGACUCGGCAGCAGCGGCGGAGUCCAGAAGGAGAGCUGGAGCCGCCGCGCUGCCUCCCCGCCCCCGCCGGGAUUUAUUGAAUAUUUGGACUGGACAAUUAAGUGGCCCUGAUGAUGUUACCAAGCCCGGUCACCUCCACCCCUUUCUCAGUCAAAGACAUUCUGAAUCUGGAGCAGCAGCAGCAACAGCACUUCCACGGCGCGCACCUGCAGGCGGACUUGGAGCACCACUUCCACUCGGCGCCCUGCAUGCUAGCCGCCGCUGAGGGGACUCAGUUUUCGGACGGAGGGGAGGAAGACGAGGAAGAAGAGGGCGAGAAACUGUCCUAUUUAAACUCACUAGCUACAGCCGAUGGCCACGGGGAUUCGGGGCUCUGCCCCCAGAGCUUUGUCCACACGGUCCUUCGAGACUCGUGCAGCGGGCCUAAGGAACAUGAAGAGGAGCCCGAGGUCGUGAGGGACGGGAGCCAAAAAAGCUGCCAACUGAAGAAACCUCUGGAGGCAGCCGGAGACUGUAAGGCGGCAGAGGAGAGCGAAAGGCCGAAGCCACGCAGCCGCCGGAAGCCCCGGGUCCUCUUCUCGCAAGCCCAAGUCUUCGAGCUGGAACGCAGGUUCAAGCAGCAGCGGUACCUGUCGGCGCCCGAGCGCGAGCACCUCGCCAGCAGCCUAAAGCUCACGUCCACCCAGGUGAAGAUCUGGUUCCAGAAUCGCAGGUACAAGUGCAAGAGACAGCGGCAGGACAAGUCUCUGGAGCUGGGCGGGCACGCGCCCCCGCCGCCGCCGCGCCGUGUGGCGGUGCCGGUGCUGGUGCGGGACGGCAAGCCGUGCGUCACUCCUGGCGCGCCCGCCUACGGCGCGCCCUACAGCGUGGGCGCGGGAGCCUACUCCUACAACAGCUUCCCUGCCUAUGGCUAUGGGAACUCGGCAGCCGCCGCCGCAGCCGCCGCCGCUGCAGCCGCCGCCGCCGCGGCCUACAGCGGCAGCUACGGCUGUGCGUACCCGGCAAGCGGUGGCAGUGGCGGCGGCGGCGGCGGGGCCUCCUCGGCGGCCUCGGCCAUGCAGCCCGCCUGCAGUGCGUCUGGAGGCGGCCCCUUCAUGAACGUGAGCAACCUGGCCGGCUUCGGGGGCGGCGGCGGCGCGCAGCCGUUGCACCAGGGUGCGACGGCGGGGGCCGCGUGCGCUCAGGGCACCUUGCAGGGCAUCCGGGCCUGGUAGGGACCGGGCGGGUAACGCGGCAGGCGACCCCACCGCAGCCUGGCGCCGCGGGACUGAAGGGCGAGAAAGGCUGGAUCCAAGGAAGGACCAGGUCCCCUCGUUAAAAAUAUAUAUAUACAUACACGCCUCGCUCCCCAGGGCCUCGGAGCGCAGCUUACGCGAAGUCCGGGGAAGGGAGCUCUGGGGCGAAGAGGAUGCGCCUGAGCCUUCAUGGAGACUAUCUCUUAGGCAGAAACGCUGGCUGGGUGCCGGGAGGACGAUGGGCCCAAUCUCGGCCCCAAAAAGAGUGCGAAAGGCUCGGACUCAGGAUGCCAGUCGUCUCUCCCUUCUCGAGGCCUCAGCAGAGCUCUGGCGGAAAACUCAAGGACAGAGAACAGCAUGAAGGAGAGAAAAACGGGCGUCGUGGCUUGAGAAAUCCCCAGGCUCUACCGACCCUCCGCUCACUUUGCGGGCCGGAGUGCCACACCACAGUCUAUUUUCCUUUUCCCAACCGCCUGCCCUCCGCAACAGAUACCUCGGCGUGAAUCUCCAGAUUGUCAGGGGGCGUAGAGCUCUGCAAGAAAAAUUAGCAGAGCAAGAUCAAAAGUUGGGGGUUUGAACAAAUCCAGGACCUAGGGGCCCACCGGAGGUGUUACCGGCUUUCCUCUGUUUCCUAUUCUGUAUUCAGCACAUAUAAUAUAUAUAUAUAUAACUAAAUAUAUCCACACGCCAUGUACACACCCGCUGCCGUACACUACAGGAGUCAAUAAACA